UCAUUGAACUGUGUAUAGUCCCAUCCCCUGCUUGUACAGUGUACGUACAUAUUAACUUCAGUUUAUACUACUACAAAGUAAGCACUUUUAUACAGGCUGCUUUCAUUUCAAAGCGCUAAUAAGUCAACGAAGUCAUGUAUUAUCAAUGAAUUGGUUAAGGAAUCGUUAAACACAGCAGUCAGUUAUAGUCGCCAUUUUCGAGCUCCAGAUAUUAUUUGUUGUAUACGGGUCGACGAGGAUUAACUGACUAACACAAAGUGAUUUACAUAACUGUAGCAGGUUUUUUGUGCAGCAGCAUUCAGUAAAGGUAGGCUUACACCUAGCCUGUAGCUCACUUUUGAGGAGAUGGCUGAGGCAGACAAUCGCAGUUACACAAGACAGGUAGAUCGCACAAGUUCAUGUCUCAGUAUGAAGAAAUACAGAGAAAGAAAGAAAGAUUCACCUCCGGAUGAAGGGAAAGUAAGACAUUACAAUGGAGCGUGGUCUAUGAUACUCGGUGUGACACUCAUCGUCUGCGCUUUUUUCUCAACCAUCAUCGGAGUAAUUGCUGUCUUCGUCGAAAGCGAAUUCCAUGAAUUCGGGCCAGGAAUUUGGGCUGGGAUGUUUUUCCUCGCCCCUGGGGUAUUCGGUAUUGUGGCACGGAACAAGAUCCGAUGUUUCGUAUUUGGUUUUCUUGGUGCAUCCGUCUCUUCUCUGGUAAUCUCCAGUAAUAUCAUAGUCAUCCUGUCCAUUGGUCUGUCAAGAGAUCACGUCGAAAACGAUGUGACAGCCGUGAUUGUGAAUAUCAUAGGGAUUAUAUUAGCUUUGAUAGCAAUGAUGACGUCAUUGUUUGCAAUUCUUCUGUGCUCCAUACCUUUCUGCCAACCUCCUGAUAAUAAAUGCCCUCGAUGCUCUUCAAAACAAGGGAGGGAUAACCCAAUAUACCUUGUUCUAGAUGAGCAAGGAACGACACCAGAACCACCAUUAUGAGCCAGGACAAAGCAAGCGGCGUAUCCAGUCCUUUUCACAAAAGGGGAAUAAUAAUAAUGAUAAUAAUACAAUCCUGGAUUUAUAUGGCGUUUGAUAUAUCUACGAUGUCUCUAAGCACUUUGAGGAUUACCCCGGUCGUCGGAUUCAGGACUGCUCACAUACAAUCGAUCCAUUGGGUUUAUUCCAGCCAGGCGCCUUUUUACAAACACUCACAAUGCCAAACAAAUGACAAUAAUUUUCGAAUCCAACAGGAUAUCCAUUUAACACCUGGGGAGGGGAGGAGUAAUGUAGAUACAAUACCUUGCUCAAGGACAUAAAAGCCAUGUCGGGACUCGAACCUACGACUUUCAUAUCUCGAGGUAACUGUUUAGACCAAUCGACUACGACACCUCGUGAAAAUAUCUUAUUCUAUACGGCGAUUCGUAUAAUUCACAUGGAGACUAUUUGUAUUUCGUA